GAGAGAGGGAGGGAGGACAGUGCAAAUAGUGCACAUCAGCAGGCGUCGGAGCAUCUUCCUCAUCCUCAUCUCCACCGAGCGCGUCUCGGCGUGACAUUGUCAACGGAAGCUGGGGGAAGUCGUCGGCGCAUUCAUCCUACCUCCCGGCGCGCACUUUUUUUUUUUAGUCUUAGCCCCGCUGCGUGGGAGACCGUCCCGUCCUCUCGGCAAACCUUCGGCUCAUUUAUCCCCCGGUUGGCUUGAAUAUUUCAUUGGAAAAAUGGCGGUCUGCGCUCAGUUGUACGGCGUAUUGUGCCUCUUCAGCGUCCCGACGGUGCUUCUCAUGUGCGUGUGCACGCCGACUGCCGGGACGCACCUCUUCCCGCAGCACUACACAAUGAUUCACUGGGCUGGGCGCAUCGAGAAGGAGCUGGAAAAAGUUCUGCAGCACGUCACCGGAACUCAGCAAAUGAGAUCGAUUUAUAACGAGAAGAAAAGCCAGUUUGAAAUCAAGAGGAACAACCCCAAGGACCUGGUGGAGAGAGUGGCACGGGACAUUUCCAAGCUGCUAAACAGCAAGAGGAAAGCCUUGGAGAAACUGGCCAGAGAGGCGGAGCAGCUUCAGAAAGAGCACGAAUGGCAAGACGGCGUCACGGAGAAUCUCAUUUCAUACUACGAUUCCAAAGCGGAUUCAGACUAUACAGAGGAUGGAGAAGAAGAGAAUCCCCUGGAGAGCGCGUCCUCCGUAGAGUUGGAGUUUGUGGACGAUCCUAACUUCAAAAACAAAGUCAACUACUCUUCCAGCGCCGUCCAGAUUCCAACCGACAUCUACAAAGGCUCUCCCGUCAUCCUGAACGAGCUGAACUGGACGCAGGCGUUGGAGCGAGUGUUCAUGGAGAACCGUCGAGAGGACAGUUCCCUGCGCUGGCAGGUGUUUGGCAGCGCUACAGGCGUCACUCGCUACUAUCCAGCCACUCCAUGGAGAGCACCCAACAAGAUCGACCUCUACGAUGUCCGCCGACGACCCUGGUACAUUCAAGGUGCGUCCUCGCCAAAGGACAUGGUCAUCAUCGUGGACGUGAGCGGGAGUGUCAGCGGCCUCACACUAAAGUUGAUGAAGACUUCGGUCAUCGAGAUGCUGGACACACUCUCAGAUGACGACUAUGUGAACGUAGCCAGAUUCAACGAGAAGGCGGACGCUGUGGUUCCGUGCUUCAGAACUUUGGUCCAAGCCAACGUGCGCAACAAGAAGAUCUUCAAGGAGGCCGUCAUGCACAUGCAAGCCAAAGGAACCACAGAUUAUAAGUCUGGCUUCACGUUUGCCUUCGAACAGCUUCUCAAUGAGAGCAGCGCUCCGAGGGCCAACUGCAAUAAAAUGAUUAUGAUGUUUACAGAUGGCGGGGAGGAUCGGGCACAGGAAAUCUUUGAGAAGUACAACUGGCCCAACAAAACGGUGCGUGUUUUCACCUUUUCGGUGGGCCAACAUAAUUAUGACGUCACUCCCUUGCAGUGGAUCGCAUGUGCCAACAAAGGUUACUACUUUGAAAUCCCGUCCAUCGGCGCCAUCAGAAUCAACACCCAGGAGUACCUGGACGUGCUGGGCAGACCCAUGGUGUUGGCUGGCUCCAGAGCCAAACAGGUCCAGUGGACCAAUGUUUACCAAGAUGCUUUGGGUUUGGGUCUUGUCAUCACGGGGACAAUGCCGGUCUUCAACCUCACCGCUGACACGGCAAGCUCUCAGAAUCAGCUCAUCCUGGGAGUCAUGGGAGUAGACAUUGCCAUCAACGAAAUCAAGAAGAAGACCCCUACAUACAGACUGGGAGCCAAUGGCUACACCUUUGCUACGGAUCCAAACGGUUAUGUACUGCUUCAUCCCAACUUGCAACCAAAGAUCAUUAACUUCAGAGAGCCAGUCACUCUGGACUUUUUAGAUGCUGAACUGGAGGACAACAACAAAGAGGAGAUCAGAAGACAAAUGAUUGAUGGCAAAUCGGGGCAGAGGAAAAUCAAGACGCUCAUUAAGUCGGUUGAUGAGAGGUACAUUGACGAGGCCGUGCGGACGUACACGUGGACGCCUGUGGACGGCACUGACUACAGUCUGGGGUUGGUGCUGCCCACUUAUAGUGAGAACCACAUCAAGGCCAACCUGAGUGACCAGAUCCUGCAGGUGCAGUUGUCAUACAUCAAGGAUUUUGAGUCACUGCUGCCAAACAGUUUUGAGUCUGAAGGACAUGUAUUCAUUGCUCCCAGGGAGUACUGCAACGAACUGGAAUUGUCCAACAACAACACGGAAUUCCUGCUCAACUUUAUUGCGCUCAUGGAGAAAGUGACCCCGGACUCCAAACAAUGUGACAAUUUGCUGCUUCACAACCUGAUCCUGGACACGGGCAUCAUCAGGCAGCUGGUGGACAAAGUGUGGAAGAACAAAGACUUGAACACGUAUGGCUUCCUGGCCGUGUUUGCUGCCACUGACGGAGGAGUAACCAGAGUGUUCCCCAACAAAGCGGCAGAGAGCUGGGAAGAAGACCCCGAGCCGUUUAACGCCAGCUUUUACCGCCGCAGUCUGGACAACAAGGGCUACAUCUUCAGAGCGCCUCAUCGCACAGUCCGAGACGAGCUUCUCAACCCGGACAACGACACCAUCGGCAUCCUUGUCAGCACGGCGGUGGACAUCACGGUGGGAGGGAAGACCAUCAAACCAGCGGUUGUUGGAGUCAAACUGGACCUUGAAGCCUGGGUGGACAAGUUCAAGAUUCUUGCCAGUAACCACACUGACAACCGCCAAGGCUCACACACGUGUGGACCAAACAAGGGCUGUGAGAUGGACUGUGAAGCCAACAGUGACGACCUGCUGUGUUAUUUGGUGGACGACGGAGGCUUCCUGAUCAUGUCCAACCAGAAGGACGACUGGAACAAGGUGGGCAUGUUCUUCAGCGACGUGGACCCCUACUUGAUGUUCGCGCUCUACAACAACUCCUUCUACAACCGCAAGCAGUCCUUUGACUACCAGUCAGUUUGUGAGCGUGUGCCCAACAGCGAGGCUGGAGCUGCACCACGAGGAGUCUUUGUGCCCACAAUCGCAGAUUUCGUCAACUUGGCUUGGUGGACGUCUGCAGCGGCAUGGUCAUUUUUCCAGCAGUUCAUUUAUGGACUGGCUUACCAUAGCUGCUUUGUCACAGAUGAGGUGGAUGCAGAAGGCAUAGACUUCAAAGAGAGAGGUUGUGUGAUGAUCCAGACUCAGUAUUUCCUAAGCAACCUCAGCAGUUCCUACAACAUCCUACAAGACUGUGGCAACUGCUCCAGGUUGAUUCACGCCAAGAAGCUCAACAACACCAACUUGUUGUUUGUCGUGGCUGAGAAGAUGCCGUGUAACACUUGUGAGGUGGACAAGAUGUCCCAGGAGGAAGAAGAGUUCAAGGAGGAGAACCCGUGUGAAGACACAAGUGUGGCUCGUUACAGAAAAGGACCUCCCACCUGCUUUGACAACAACAUCGCUGAGAACACGUCGGACUGUGGGCGGGGCCACACCUUCCAGCCGCCCUUCUACACGUUACUGCUGAUUCAGCUGCUUCUGCUCUACCCCGUGGUCAGCACUCAUGCCGGACGUCUACUGCAUUAACGUAUUUGCACUCUCACGCACACACGUUUAGCUUCUCUUCACGACCGCCACGCAACAUCGUCUUAUCGACGACGGCGGUCGGAAGUUCCCCCCCUUGAGUGCCGCCUUCUAGUCCGUUCGCUUCGCUCACAAUCUUUGUCCUCAGCCACGGUCGUCCCACCGUCCCUCCCACACCAGACCACCAUCAAAGCAAAGUAGACUCCUUUCACUUUCACGGGACUCUGUUGAUUUAUGCACUAAUGUAUCUACUUGCCAAAAUGAGAUAGACGUUCAUGUGGUCUUACUUUUCUAGCCAAAAAGACACGUUUAUACCACAAUUACACAUAGAUGACAUCGACUUCUAUAUGUACAUGACAUUUUCAUGUACACAACAUUUACAUUUAUAUGUGCAUUUACAUAUAUAUGACAUUUAUAUGUACACAACAUUUACACGUGCAUGAUGUUUACAUGCACACAACAUUUAUAUUUACAUGUACAUGACAUUUAUAUGUACAUUUACAUGUAAAUGAUAUUCACAUGUAUGACAUUUAUAUGCACAUGUACAUGUAAAUGAUAUUCACAUGUAUGACAUUUAUAUGUACAUGACAUUACUAACGAGGGACGUAAGACGUGCUUGUAUUAAAUUGACGACGACUGUUUUUGUGACGUUAUGAUGUGCUCACACACACACACCACUAUACCUUUAAUUCUUACUUUGAAAUACAUUUCAAGUGUGAAGAGCAGUGUCGGGUUCUACAUUACGCACAAAAACUUCGGACACAACUCAUCAGGCUUCUGUUGGGCCACGCUGAAAAGAAAAAUAGAAGAAAAAAGUAGGAAAUUUGUGUAAAUAAAUAAAUAAAAACCUCAGUCUUACCAGUGAAGAUGUAAUUGUACAAAAUAAGUGAAUUUAUGACAAGUCGUAAUCUUACAAGAAAAAUAAAAUGUGUAUAUUUUGCCAUAAUUUCUAAUCUUACCAAAACAAAAAGACAUCAACAUUUCCGGGUAAGUCAAAAUAUUAUCUGGGAAGAAAGAAAAGUUGAAAUAUUUAAAGAAAAAAAGAAUAUUUUAUGAGAAUGAAGAUGUUAUUUUAUGGGGCAAAAAUCAAUCUUUGCACACAAAAAAGGAGAAUUAUUAUCUAAUAUAUAUUAUUUUUCAACAAAUAGUCAAUAAAGUAGUAAAGUUACAACAACAAAAAAGUCCUACAUUUACUAGAAUAAAUCCAACACAUGCAAGAAAAAAAUAUAAUUGUAAAGUGAUGUUACAAAAAUAUUAAUAUAGUAAUAUUAAAAGAACACAGGUGUGAAAUAAAAAGUAGUGGUGUCCUGUUCCGAUAGUGAUAUCUGUUCGAUAUCAGAAAAAAAGGUAUCUGAUUAAAUCAACCUGCAUCUAAAACUAAGAACUUUCAUUCAAGCUGCCUGUUUUUCUCUCGCUAAUGUCUCUUCUUGCUAGCUUAGCAGACAGAUAACCUGUCUCCAUUUGAGAGCCUUUACUUCAAAACACUAUAAAAGUGAACAUCCAGAAAUAAGUGUGUCAAUAUAACUUACAUGUCAUACUAAAUAACUUCUCCGUGACAUUUCAAUAUAAAAUUAAUGCUUUCAAACAAAUGUGCUAGCUCCAUGCUAAUUUACAUUGGAUAUGCCAUAUACAUGCUACGGAUUAGCAUUUGUGAUGGCGAUUUCAACAUUAAGAUGCACGUUACAAAUAAACAGCGGGUGUGUAGUAAGGACAAUACUUACAGUGCAAACACUUUGUUGGACUCAACAAAAGACAAGACUGGCACAUUCAACUUAAAUGGCAAAGACUACUUCCUGACUGCAGCAACACACCUAGGACCAUAUGAAAUGAAUGCAUACUUGCAAAAGAUACUCAGAAAAAGAUAUAACAACUAAAUAUGAUACAGUACAUACAAGACACUUCUUUCCAGCAGUGUGAUAGCAACAUUUUACACGACGUAGUAAAAGUGUGUAUUAUUCCUGCUGUUAUUGCAUCUUUUUAGCGUGGCUCCGAUUGCCUGUUUGAGCUUUAUCAGUCCAAAAUGCUAAAAGACAAAAGACUAAUUUAACGCUGAGGGGGAGGGGGUGCACAAAUUAAAUAUGGCCGUCACGCGCAGUAAAGUAGAGUAGUCAUGUGAUCGUCACGUUAGACCGUUUCAACGUGCCUUGAUGCACCGUGUUGUGGACGACUGUCGUACUUUUGGGUUCUUGAAAUAAAGCAGCCAUCAUCGUCAUCGUCAUCAUCAGUAAGCUAAGGCGUAGCGCUAGAAUAGGACACACCCUUUUUAUUGAUUGGGUCACAUGACUGCUGAAGUUGUGCGUGUGUGUGGAAUGUUGUCGAAAUGUGAGCAAAGACAGAUUUAUCGAUUUGAUUUCAACACAAUCGAGUUUUAUGGAAGUUUAAAAAAAAAAAAAAAGAUCUACUGCUUGUGUUGACAGAAUGUGAUCGUUGUCGAUGUUUUGACUUUUAAAAUGCAACGUACUAAAAACAACCGCCUCUUUAUAAAUGCCUUAGUGUCACUAACACACGCACACACACACAAACGUCACGCUAAUACUGUAGUUCAUAUUUUGUCGUCUUCUUCCGUGUGUGUCUUGGAAUCAUCACCAAUAGUUGACGCUUAAUUAUCAAUGAUCUUAUCAAGAGUCUAAAUGACAAUACAGUGGAACCUCCAUCCUUAUCCAAUUAUAGUGGACAUAAUCAGUUCCCGGGUCAAACUGUGGCCAUCAUGCAUCCUUUAUUGGUGUUCAAGCAAACUUUUAAAGUCACGGUAAAUAUUUGUGUUCAAUGUCAGCCAUGUUGUACUUAGCAGCCUGGUUCCAUUAAGUUCCAUUUCUGGGUCUGUGGUUAUUGUCACAUACACACCGUGCCAGAAAAGCCAAAGAAAAAGGGUGUUGCUCCUUGGAGGUUCUACUGUAUUUUAACAAAAAAGAGAAGAAACUGUAUGUUCAUGGGGUCACGUGACAAAGCAUAAUAACGAUAACAAUAUUACAAAGGAUUUCAUUCCGGGGGACAUCACAUGUGGAGGUUGUGUGUGCGUGUGUCCACAGUGCAGAAAAGUCCCCACGCGUUAAUACAUACUGUCACCUAGUGGCCUUUUAUAGGUACUUCUGUAAUGGAAAAUACUAAACUGCUCGCUGAGUUGAAGUUUGCUGACAUUUGAUGUUUUUUCUUUCGACUUUUAUGCAACCACUUGCACUUUUCUAAUUUGGAGGUUCUACUGUAUUUUGCCCACAAAAGAGACAUGAAUCAUGAAUACACUGCAAAAAAACUAAGAUAUGUCUCCAUCUUGUUUAACGCACGGUGGUAGAAAAAUACAGAAAAUAACUUGUGUAUUAAAAAAAAAAAAUUAUAUAGAAAAUAACUUCUGUAUUAAAAAAAAAAAUUAUAUUAUUUACAAAUAUAGAAACAAGUGGUAGAAAAUAGAUGGAUAGAUAAUUAUAGUUUAAUUAUAUAAUAUUUCUAAUUACGUUGAAUAUUUGGAAAUUGAAAUAAAAUCGGAUCACAUCACAGACCCUCCAGAAUUUUGCGAUGGAUUUUAAAUGGACACAAAUUUAACCAAUCCCGGCAAAUGACGCGCUGCCUCGCAAGUUUGUACAGAGCCUGCAACUUCCCGGCACAUUUUCCCCGAUCAAAUUUGUCUCUAAACGCCGCUCAAAUGCGCACGUCAACUGUCUAGUCAAAACGUAUGUUUGUUUUUUGUGUAGACAAAGCAGAGACAUCAAGGUGUAACUCUUUAUCAAACGACACAAUUGUUGUCCUUCAUAGCUCAGACCCAUCUUGUUCCUGUAAGCCUUCUGGAUAAUAUAGUAUAUAACUAUUUACUUCCUAGUUUACAUGAAUUAUUUAUCCAGGGUAAGAGAAUUAAGAAAAUGUUUUAAUUUGCAUUGCUGACAUAGCAAAGAGGCAGCAUUUACAUGUUAGAGAUGUUGAGGUGUGAUACUUAUCUCUCAUAGUCUCACAUUUACCAACAAAAAUUAGCGCUAUAGAUCGCUCUCCACAGUUCACAAAUGCUCUUAACAUGCGGGGGUAAAUGUGUUGGAACGUACAGUAAAUGAAUGUUUAAGAUGGACGAACAGUUUUCAAGCGUAAAACAUAUGCGGAGGAUGCCUGCAACUUAUGGACCGCAGAGCUGACAGCAGACGAUAAGAAAGCUCUUGGUGUGUGUAUUUUUCUGUAAUCAUAAUUCAAUAUUCAUAUUAGUUAUAGUGAAUUAAAACAGUACAGUUAUUUGACACUGAUCUCUGAGUAUGUGCUUUUACUGCCAUUUAGUGUCUACUUUUAAGUCUGUGUGCUACAAAACGAGUAAAACAUCAAUACAAUAUUUGUUUUACAAUUUUUAUUAAAGUCACAUGCUUUUUGAGAUUAAGGUUUACAAGGAACAGGCUCCAGCACCCCCCAUGACCCCGAGAGGGACAAGCGGUAGAAAAUGGAUGGGUUACAAGGAACACUUAAUGGGUUUAUAAUAAAUGUAUCAAAUCGCAAGUUGAUUCAAUGUUACCAGUAAAAAAAAUCUUUAAAAUUGUGGAACUUUUGCCACAACUUUCUAAAAAAGCUGCCGCAAAGUCAGGCAUUGUAGGCCGGAACAAUUGCAAAAAAAUGUCAGCAAAAUAUUAGUAUUAUACAAAUGUAUCCUAAAAUGUUAUUGGAUAUUUUCUCCAGCAGCCAUAAAGUAUUUCUACGCUCAUGUUUGCUUAUUUAACAUUCCAGGCUGCCCCCUCUUAAAAGAUCCGUCAAAUGCGGCCGUUGAGUUUUUCUCCACACUACUUUCCAUCACGACUAUCAACAAUCUUUGCUGCUUAUGCUAACACGUAGCCACCUAGCGUCAUACUGUGUCCUUGUCUGUACGUGCACACACGCUCACACGCUCGCCAUAGCGAAGGCAACCUUUUCUUGUGAGUGACAGGUUAAGUUUGCCAAAAUAAUGACUAAAACGUGUAAAAAGAAGUAGGAGGAGAGGGAGGGGCGUACAAGAAGUGUGUAUGUGAUUGUGUAGUGUGGUGCAACGUGACCAUGUGUGACAAGUGUGUUAACAAAAAAAUUUUUAAAAAAACAUUUAGAGAAAAGAAAAAGUGAAGUAAAUAUCAUGAACAUUAAUGUAGGAAAACAGCACUGUUGAUAAGUUUUCAGGUGUCACGUCAAAAUGGUGUUGAUUAAAUUUUUUAUUUCUCGUUAGCGAGCGACUGAGCGAGCAAGUGAGCGAGCGAGUAUGUGAGGAUGAUGAUUUUAGCUCCUUCUUGUUUUGGACUGCUGGUCCAAAUGUUGCUCCAUUCUUUGUAUAGAUGAAGCUACACACAAAAAAAAAUAACAAGAAGAGGGCAAAAUUUGUAAAAUAUUGUGUCUGUGACUCCUUGUAAAAUAUUUUCAAAUGGUUUAUUACAGAGAAUCAGUUAAUAAAUAAUGUUCAUA